AGGAAGAGCGUCACAUAUGUCUGAGCGCCACAUUUAACCGUAUAACAGAUCAGCAACACGAGCUAGCGAAAACAAUUCAUUUAACAUCGUUGUGAUGUUUAUUAUCGUUUAUGUUAUCGCGCUCUACUGUCGUUUAUUUUAAAGAAAACACACGGCUGUUGAAGAGAAGACGGUUAUUCAGAUACGAGUAGCAUUAGCAUAACAGAUGCAGUAUGUCGGGAGGGGUAUGAGUGCUAACAUUGUAUCUGUCUCCAGAUGUGUUAUGAUGUUCAUGUCACGCCUGCAUCAGAUGACAGACACCUAGUCUGCUUUCACAUCCACGAUUUGCUUUAAACUAAAGUCUCAUGCUGAGAUCAACAGAAAGUCAGCCUCGGCAUUCAGCCUGCUGAGGGUUGAUGACAGAAACAAAACCAUGAGCAGUGCAAAUCAGAAGACUUUAUUUCAGACCUGGGGCUCAGCUAUUCCUAAGACCCUUUCGAAUAAAGACAGGGGGAAAAAGUUACCCCAGAGGCGAAGAGCAACCACAAACAGUCAGGUAAAGGUGAAGAGAAAGGACAAUGCCGUGCCAUCACUUUGGGCUGAAGUUGGCCAAGGUUCUGCAGUCCAACCAGCAUCAAGGCAGGAACAGGAGAUGGACGAAGUCGAUGAUGACCUGAUCCUCGUAGCUGUAUACGAGGCUGAAAAAAGUCUGGAAAACCAACCUUUGGAUUCCGCAGCAGUUUGCGCAGAUCUUCCAGGCUUUGACGGUUCCUCGGGACGGAUAUGGAUCUAUCCGACCAACUAUCCUAUCCGAGAUUAUCAGCUGAAGAUCUCGGAAGCAGCCCUAUUCCAAAACACGUUGGUGUGCCUACCCACCGGCCUGGGGAAAACCUUCAUAGCGUCAGUGGUGAUGUAUAACUUCUACCGGUGGUAUCCGUCUGGGAAAAUAGUCUUCCUGGCUCCUACGAAGCCGUUGGUGGCUCAGCAGAUCGAAGCAUGUUACAGAGUGAUGGGGAUUCCUCAGGAGCACAUGGCUGAGCUGACCGGGAGUACUCUGGCUCCACAGAGGAGGGAGCUGUGGCGAUCCAGGCGUGUUUUCUUUCUCACGCCGCAGGUCAUGGUGAACGAUUUGUCUCGAAACACGUGUCCUGCCCCUCAGAUCAAGUGUGUGGUUAUUGAUGAAGCUCACAAGGCAUCAGGGAAUCAUGCGUAUUGUCAGGUGGUGCGGGAAUUAUGGAACCAGACCAAACAGUUCCGCGUCCUGGCUCUCAGUGCUACACCUGGUGCAGACAUGAAGGCUGUACAGCAAGUCAUCUCCAACCUGCUGAUCUCUCACAUCGAGCUGCGCUCAGAGGAGAGUCCAGACGUUCAGGCCCACUCCCAUCAGCGGAGCGUAGAGAAGAUUGUUGUCCCUUUAGGAGAGGCGCUCACUGGAUACCAGUCCCGCUACUUACAGGUUUUGGAAAGGUUUACAUCGCGUCUGACCAUGAUGAGUGUGCUUAACCAGCGUGACCUUCGCUCCCUCACGAAGUACCAGGUCAUUCUGGCACGAGAGCAAUUCAGACGCAACCCUCCAUCGCAUCUCAUGGGAGCACAGCACGGUGCACUGGAGGGGGAUUUCGCUCUGUGUAUUAGCCUCUACCAUGGUUACGAGCUCCUGCAGCAGAUGGGCCUGAGAUCUCUCUUCCUUUUCGCACAGAACAUUAUGUCAGGCUCUAAAGAGACUUCACGGGCCAGAAAUGAGCUGCAGCGCAGCCCUGUCUUCAUGGACCUGUACAGGGAAAUGGAGGCCAUGUUUCUAAGCCCUUCCAAAGGGCCUGAGGAGCAAUAUUUCUACAGCCACCCGAAACUUCAGAAACUGGACCAGGUGAUACAAGAGCAUUUCAGUACCUGGGGGAAGAGAUCAGGCAGUGCUGCAGACUCUGGGGACAAGGCAGAGAGUACAAGAGUGAUGAUCUUCUCAUCAUUUCGUGAGAGCGUGCAGGAGAUCGCCGAGAUGCUUAACCGCCACCAGCCCCUCGUCAAGGUCAUGACAUUUAUGGGGCAAGCAUCAGCUGGGAAAGGGGUACGAGGGUUUACUCAAAAGGAGCAGCUCGAGGUGGUGCGGCGCUUCCGAGAGGGUGGCUUCAACACCUUGGUCUCUACUUGUGUGGGUGAAGAGGGUCUUGACAUUGGAGAAGUAGACUUAAUAGUGUGCUUCGAUGCUCAGAAAAGUCCUAUCCGUCUGGUGCAGCGAAUGGGCCGAACCGGGCGCCACAGGCAGGGGCGCAUAGUGGUCAUACUGGCUGAAGGACGAGAGGAGCGGAUCUAUAACCAGAGCCAGAGUAACAGGCGCAGCGUGAAUAAAAGCAUCAUGGGAAACAAGCAGAGCUUCUCUAUGUUUCCCUACAGUCCCCGCAUGCUGCCUGCUGGUGUCACUCCCACCUUGCACAAGAUGCACAUUACAUGUGGUCAGUUCGAGGCCAAAGAGAGCAGCAGGCGUUCCAGCAACGGCCGCCAGUCACUCGGCAUGAGGAGGAUGUCUCUUCUCAACCCUAAUGCCCAAGUGGAUGGUGUGCAUGGGCGUGUGAAGGAGGAUGGCUUUCUCACCCCUGAUGAAGAGGUUGAGUGGUUGACUACCAUGAAAUUGGGUGAGAAUGAACCCCAGCCCAGACUCAGGCGCUCCUCUUUCCUGUGCUUUAACACAGAGCCGCAGCAGCAGGAGGAGUGUGUGAAUGGCCCAGUGAGAGACUUGUCUCUCUGGGAAUGGAGACACUGGCAGAAUCAGCCUCUUCCAACACACAGAGUGGACCACUCAAGCCGCUGCCUCCAUUUCACCGCCAUCAUGGAUCUCAUUGACCAGAUGAAACAAGAGGAAGAGGAAGAGAGUGGCUGCAGAUAUGAAUCUGAGGUCGGAGCAUAUCUACAUAAAGAGGAUGUUGUUGGUUGUGAGGAGGAUGGCACAAUAGCAAAAGCUAUUCUACAGCGGAAAAGAUCUAAACCAAGACUUGUUAGUCGAGAAGCCAGCCGUUCUGUCUCGGUUAAGAUUGACCAAGCAGGACCUUCUUCACGGACUUUAUUAAAAGUGUCUUCCGAGUCUGACUGUAAUGCCUCUACAGAAGGUUUAAGUGUGUUUCAGGGUGACAGUGAUGCUGAUGCUGAUAAUGUCAUGCAGACUGAUGCAAGUGAGCACUCUGAGACUAAACGCUCAAAGAAAGAGAAUGACCAGCUACAAAGUUCUUCUGAACCCACAAAGAGUCUCAAGGCAAACCCUGAUACUUCCCUUGAACCUCUUGAGGAAAUGUUCUAUUUACCCAAAAGGGAGGCCUGUCAAAAACUCUACAGUGUCAGUCAAUCUGCUGGAAGUUUGGAAAUGAUUCUCUCCAAUGUCAAACAUCUUCUGUCUAGAUCUCCACCGAAAAAUUUUGAUCUACAUUGCUCAUUAAUCCUCAAUGAACCUGCUCACUUUGAUGAAUCGGAUGAGAUCUGUAGUAGUCUAAGGGAAGAGGUGGAUCAUUUCCAGGUCAAUUUUGAUCUUGAAGAAGAUGAGAAUUCAUUGGACUCUGACUCUCUGGACUGUAACAUAGCAGGAACCCCUCCUGUAUCUGAAACAUUGCCUAGCGAGAACGUUUCUGCUGGUCCGGACAGUACUGCUCACAGUCCUAGCUGGGAUGAGGUUUUUGAUGACGUUGUGGAUGAUGGGGAAGAUGAAAACACUAAUCUACCUUUGGAGUCUAAAAUCCAGCCCACUAACUUGGAUGAAAGUGUUGACUUGUUUGGUGAUGAUGAUGAUGAUGAUGAUGAUGAUGCUUUUCUUCAAAUAUCAUUACCAAACAUUGUUACCCCCAACAGGCAGGACACUGACCAAAGGAAGCAGGUUACACAAAAUGUUGGGGAUGCAUCAAAUAGUUCUGAAAAUGCUGAAGCAUCUUCUAAAAGCUCAGACCAAAAACCGCCAUCACAGAAGAGGUCUGAAGCUUUCAAUUAUUCUCAGGACAUGUAUUCUGUGAACUUUGACCUUGGGUUUUCCUUUGACUCUGAAGAGGAGGAACCUACAGAACCAGCCUCGGACAUGACCACAGAACCCACCACCGAUAGACAGAACACAUUCACCUCCCUAACCCUGAACAAACCCAAUACAUCUUCCAACAACUUCACUCUGGGGCAUAUGUCAACACCCAGGGUGUGUCCAAUGGACAAAAAGCUACCGUCUCUCAUAGCCAAGAGUAACGUGUCACCCAUAAUCACAGAGCGAGAGAGCUUGAUACGACCAAACACUUCUACCCCAACUCUGGCAUUUGUGUCUCCAAAAAGCAGAAAUCUAGGACUCUUUCCUAAAGUAUUGAGCUCACAAGCACAGCCACAUGGAAGAGGGAACAGAUUUUGUCGGAGGUCUCUGCUUGAUGCACAGAAACCUAUUUAUGAAGACCAUGCUUGUUCAGAACCAGUGAACAGUGAUAGUGAAGAGGAAGCAGUCAUUAGAAAACCAGGACAUCGAGGAAGAGCAAAUCCCCUGGCAUCUCCAGAGCAAUCAAAAAUCAGCGAUGUUGAGUCUCCUGUCCAGGCGCCUAGAAAACGCGUCGCUCGAUUGAAUAUGUCAGAGGAGAGCGACGGGGAAGCCGUGUCAGACGAUGACUUUCAGCAGAACUCGCUUUGUCGGCCCAGAGCGUUUCAGCCUUCCAAAGGUUCCCGUCCUCUUAAGGCAAAAUCUAAGAAAUCCGAGCACAGAGCCGGGAGGCAGUUCCUGGAUGAAGAGGCAGAGCUGUCUGAAGACGGAGACUCUGUCUCUUCUGACGAAUGUGAUGCAGAAGAACUGGACAAGUCUUUGGAAGGUUUUGUAGUGGACACCACUCAAUUCUCUCAAGCCCUUAAUGAUUCUGAGAUGCAUGGAAUUUAUCUGAAAUCUGUAAAGAGUCCUGCCAUUCCAAGCAGAUUUAAAAUGAUGCACAGGCCCGUGCGUAACAUGAACGUCUUCUCACAGGUCCCUGAGCAGGACGAGACGUACGAGGAAGACAGUUUUGUCGUCAGUGGCAGUGAAGUCGAGGAAGACUUUGGUAGUGCAUCGGAUGAGGAAGAGGAGGCUGGACUCGCGAUCAUCCCUGAAGACUCGUACGUAGACGGGAGACGUCAGUAUGCCACGCGGCGCGGGGUCCGUCUCAGACAAACUAGGACUGCUAGAGAGACGAAAAGCCUCCAACCCAGAAAAGCCAAACGCUCCAGAAUCGUCCGAGUGGAGGAUUCGAGUGAAGAGGAAGAGGACAAGGAUGAGAAGAAAAGGAAGAUGCUAUACGCACCCGUUUCAGGUGAUGCGGCCGGGACGGAUUUUAAUACAUCGCCUCAGUCCUGUUUGCCUAAAUCUGAUCGUACACGAGGAGGUGGAGAGAUGAGCAGACAGGAGACUGUGCAGCACAAACAGGAGAGAUUUAAUAACCAGGCCCUGCUGUCUGAUCAGCUGGACUUUCAGGAACCUCUGUCCACCUCUAGUGUUAAAACACAGGCAGCCUGUAGUACCACUUCUCUGACCGUUUCCAGUGAAUCUGUUGAUUAUGGCCCCACGACUAAUCCCACAACCAACCCGAUCCCGGCUCGCGCGUGCGUGCUAGUGGACAGCCGUUGCAUCAGCGCUGGUGCGGAUGUGGUGUCCGCCCUCAGACUCAAACAUGGCGCAGCUGUGCACAUCUGCUCUCUGGUCAGCUGCGAUUUCAUCGUGAGUAACCGCAUGGCUGUAGAGUGGCAGAGCGAGUCGGAGUUAGCCAGUCCUCAGAGUCGCAAGCGGCUGCAGGAGAGGAUGCAGAGCCUUCAGGGCUUAUUUGACCGUGUGUGCCUCCUGGUGGAGAAAGACCGCACUAAACUGGGAGAGCCUCUGCGUGUGUUCCAGCGCAGCCGUUAUUACGACAGCACCGUGGCUGCGCUGGUAAGAGCAGGAGUCAGAAUCCUGUUCAGCGUUGGUCCGGAUGACACCGCCACCCUGUUGGCCCAACUGGCACAGGUGGAGCAAAGGAAAGGCCAGGCCAUCAGCGUCCCCGUGGAGGUGAAAGGUCGUCGCCAGCAUGCGCUGCAGUUUUACCUCACGCUACCAUGUGUGAGCUACGUCAACGCACUUUACAUGUGUAAUAGAUUCUACUCUGUGGCACAUCUGGUCAACAGCUCUGUGGAUACACUGCAGGCAGGGAUACGCGUGAGCCGCUCCAGAGCCGAGGAGAUAUACCGUUGUCUGCGCUACUCAUGUGACACCACACUGAUGAAGAGCAGCACCUCAAAGAAUAACCUUUAAAGAAUGAUUCUUGUCCAUAAAUGCACAAAAAAACCUCUUGCACUUUGUGUUCAUUCUGAACUAUUGCCUUUGUCGCAAAUAAGUUGUUUACCUCAUCGAUACACUACUUGAAUCAUUUUCCUAAUGUGUGUGUGUGAGAGAGAGAGAGAGAGAGAGAGAGAGAGAGAGACAGAAAGAGAUGGAAAUGUCUUUGAGGACCAAAUAAUG